AUGCUAUUGAGUAUAAUUUCUCUGCAUUCUCCAGUCAUUGAGACCUCCUGCUCAGAUACCACAUCAGUGGAUUCAUUUGCUUUAUCCUCUCUAGCAUCGAUUUCAACAGUGGACUUGGAUUCUAAUUUCAGUCAUAUAAAUUACACGUCUUCUCUUCUAAAUCUGCUUUUGAUCAGUGACGACACAAGCCAUCUGCUGAAGUUGAUAAAGUCAACUGAGCAGCUGUGAGAGUGAGUCUCACUCCCAGCAGCUAUUGAUGCUGCUUCUUUAGAGACCUUCCUCAAAGUGAACAAAGAUAAGAUCAUUUUAGUCCACUUUUCUUACUUCAAAUGGGGAGCUCAAAUGAGGAAAAUAUUUUAUCAGAUAUUGUACAGAAACCAGAGAGGAUUAAAGAACCCAGUUUGGAUGGUAGUAGAUGUCAAAGAUAUUGGAGAUAAGAAGAAUAAAGGGUUAAAGGGCGUCCUAGGAAGUCAAAUUUAUGACAUGUUUGAUAUAUGUUUGACGUAUGAUGAAGAUAUCACUAGGUGUAUUGGAGUAUCUGUCAAAAAGCACUAUUAUAUGAACACUCUUCAAAAUUUGAAGUUAAACGACCUUAGACAUCAAACUAAGGUAAAGAACCUUGAAUUUCCUGACAUUAUCAAUCAGAACAAAUGAGUUUGUCCAUUCGAUCAAGUAGAUGAUCUCUUUGAUGACCUUGCUGAAAAUCCUUUGAGUGUCCAAGAUCUUAUCAGUCAGUAUUACUGAAAAAGAAGUACAUUUUUGAGGCAAAAUAAAAACGAUAAGAAUGAGGAGCAGACAAGUAUUAAAAUCACUCCGAAUAGGUUAUCCACUAUCUACAAGCUAGCUGAGACAGUGAAUUUUUUAAGAAGUUUGUAUAUAAAGAAUCAGUCCAGUUCAGAUGAAAAUCUAGAUUUAAUUGAUGGCAUAAUUGCUAUCUUCUUCAAUGAACUGACUGCACUUAGUGAUAAAACUAUUCGAUAUAGCGAUAAACAGCUCCUCCGAAGCUACUGUGUUGAAAGAGUAUUGUCAAGAAUGGAGGCCAGGCCUUUCUUCGAACUUAUAGACGACGAAGAAUCAGAAGAGACUCCACAAAGAGGACAGAUUUUCAAGAACUUGAACAAGAAGCAUAUUCAAGCUAGUUAUGAAGAACCUAAUAUCGCUGUAAAAGAGAAGGAUAAGAUAUGCAUUGGAUGUCAAAACUUGUAUUACCAGUCUAAAGAAGAUGGAAAGAUACCGCUCUUAUUGGCCGACUUUCCUACUACUUAUAUCGGCUUAAUCAAGGCUAUAUUUAGUGGUUAAGAUUUAGUUUCAAUAG